AUGUGCCUUGGAAUCAGCACUAUUAUCAGGGCUUGGAGGGAACGGGGCCUUGACAAGAACGAGGACAUCAAAGAAAAUCAGGAUCUAUAUGAUUUGGGCAAGAAGAUCGUCAGUAGAGAACCAAGCGCAGCAGAGGAAAUGCGCAUGCUAUGCGUACCCGACUCAGGAUCUGAAAACAUAGACGAAGACACAAGGGAUGAAGGCCUCGUGGACACGGACUGGGAAACGAUCACCAUUGAUUCUGACACCGGCGACUGGGAAACGAUCACCAGUGAUUCUGACACCGGCGACUGGGAAACGAUCAACAGUGAUUCUGACACCGGCGACGGGGCUUAUACCUGUAAAAUUGCCGGCCAAAACACCAUCUACAGCACGAGUGGAGUGGAAGUUUUGAUGCCAGAUCUGCCCAGCAGAAUUUACAGCUGGGAAGUCAAACUCAUUGCCAACUUACGGCAAAGCCGAUUCAUUGCUUUGCCGGACGAGAUUUUGCUACAAAUCAUGCACGAGUCCGAGCUCAGCGACCUCUACAUGCUGCGACAACUCCCCGAGUGGCUUGACGAUGGACGAGUCCGUGGUGAGGGCUGCGAAGGAGCAGGCAUUCUGUCAGGCUUGCCGUACAUCAAGGGAGUCGGCAGAUUUCAGAAAGCGUCUGUCGAAGCUGGAGGACAGCCUGUUCUGCUCGUACUGCGCUAG